CCACCAUCCACCACCAGGUCCACCACCACCAGAUCCCCUUCUUCUUCCUCCUCUUCCACCAGAUCUUCAUCUUCAUCCUCUAUUUGCCCUUCCUCUGCUCCUGUUCCCCUGGUCUCCAAGAGCAACCAUGGUGUCCUGGGAUGAUCUCCCAACCUCUUCUGAAGAUGACUCGGUGACCAACAAGCAUCCUGCAACAAUUUUCUGCAAAGAAUGGACUGGCCUGGCAACAGAUCUGCCUAGCUUUAAAUGUGAGCAUGGAUCUUUGUGUGAGAAGCAUGUGGCUUUUCAAUCAGUUGACAGUGGAAGAAGAUUCCUGGCUUGUGCACACAAGGAAGUACCUAAAUGCACCUAUGUGGAAUGGAUAGACCCUGAGUGGCCUGAAGCAUUGAAGAUGAGCCUAGCUACCAUAUGGAGCAUGUAUGAAGAGGAGACAAAACAAAGCCUAAAAGAAAAUGUGUUGAGCACUGAAUAGAACUUGAAGAUCAUGGAAGAGAAGACAAAAAUGGAGAAUGAGCUGAGACAUUUCAAGCUUGAUUUUGCCAAGAUGGUGGCUGAAAAGGAGCAGGCAAUGAGCCAAUUAGGCAACACACAAAUUGCUCAGGUUGAUCUGAAGGAAAAGCUUGAGAAGAAGAAGAGCACUGACAAAUCAGUAACAAACAUUCAUUAGGUAUUUAGGGCUAAGGCAGAGAAAGAGAGGGACCAAGUCAUGCAGGAGAGGGAUCAAUUGAAGCAAGAGAAGAGAAAGCUUGAGUACAUGAUUGGUGACUUAUUCAAACACAAAGAGGAGACCAAGGAGAAGAUAUGGAAGCUUAAGGGGAUGCUGAAUGAUUUUGACUGAACUUAUCUUGUUCUUGUCCCUGUGUAAACUGAAUUUGUCCAAGUAUGUUGUGAAAUGGAUUUGGUUGUCAACUGAAUUUAUCUUGCCUGUCAACUGAAUUUUAAGUGCAAUGGAUUUGGUUUUCAA